CCCAACGGUGUACGGCUCACAUCCCGUUUUUUCUCUCUCUCGAUCGCAUUGUAAUCUGCACUAUAUUCUCAUUUCUAAUUUUAUUCUUCUUUCUCUAUACAGAUUUCUCUAUAUUUUCUCGAUUCGCUUAUACUUGAAGACAGGCAGGGGUUUCAACGGCCAUUCCACGACAAUUUUCGCCGGAAAAGUGAUUAGAUUGCCGAGGAAGAGAAGGAUUUUUUUGUUUUUUUUUUCGGGAAAAUACUGUUUAAUAUUCGAUUGGAAUUGGUUGAGUUGUUAAGAGUUUCAUUUGGGAAGAGGAGGAAAAAAUUUGGAUCUCUUUGAUUGAUUUUGAAUUAUUUUGUUGUUGUUGAUGUUGUUUUGGAAGUUCACGGAUCUCGAAAAUUUUCGGAAAAUAGAAAGAAAAGAAAGGAAAAGGUUUUUGUUAAAUUAGAUGCAGAUUUUCUGAAAAUCGACCUACAUUGAUCGAAUCUGACAGGAAGAAGACGGUGGCGUAUCGGGGGGGGGGGAGAGAUGAGGAGGGUGGAAAUCGGGGUUAUUGCUGGAAAUGUGCAGUAUUGAAGGGAAGGGGAAAGGGAAAAUGAGAGGGAUAAGAAUGGGGGCAACGAAAGGGGGAGGUGGCGGCGGAGGGGAGAGAGUUGAGAAGUUGAAGAGCUCGAGAACGAAGCUGUGGAUGAUACGCGCCACGACAUCGGUGUUGCUUUGGACUUGCAUCGUACAAUUAACGGCCUUGGGGGAUACUUGGGGUCCACAUCUCCUUAAAGGUUGGCCUUCCUGUUUUUCUCACCAGGAUUCUUCCGUUUCCGUUGUUGAAGAUAAGGUUCCCUCCGUUCCUGCCCGUGUUCUUCCUCCCAAAAGGGUAUAUAAGAACAAUGGUUACUUGAUGGUUUCUUGCAAUGGAGGUCUCAAUCAAAUGCGAGCAGCAAUUUGUGACAUGGUUACCAUUGCAAGAUAUUUGAAUGUCACACUUAUAGUCCCGGAGCUGGAUAAAACAUCUUUCUGGUCAGAUCCCAGUGAAUUUCAAGAUAUAUUUGAUGUGGAUCAUUUCAUUAUGUCAUUGAGAGAUGAGGUCCGUAUAUUGAAGGAGUUGCCUCCUAGGCUUAAGAGGAGAGUGGAAAUAGGGAUGGUGUAUUCUAUGCCACCAAUUAGUUGGUCGGAUAUAUCCUACUACCAUAACCAGAUUCUUCCUCUGAUAAAGAAGUAUAAAGUUGUACAUUUGAAUAAAACUGAUACUCGACUUGCCAACAAUGGGCAGCCUUUAGAAAUUCAGAAGCUGCGAUGUCGUGUAAAUUUUAGUGCUUUGAGAUUCACUUCCCAGAUAGAGGAGUUGGGGAAACGAGUUGUUAAGCUUCUGAGGCAAAAUGGUCCUUUUAUUGUACUUCACCUUAGAUAUGAAAUGGACAUGUUAGCAUUUUCUGGCUGUACCCAAGGUUGCAACAGUGAGGAGGUGGAGGAGUUGACAAGAAUGAGAUAUGCUUAUCCAUGGUGGAAAGAAAAAAUAAUAAACUCUGACUUGAAAAGGAAAGAUGGUUUCUGCCCUUUGACGCCUGAGGAAACUGCCCUUAUUUUGAGGGCAUUGGACAUAGAUAACAGUUACCAAAUCUAUAUUGCAGCCGGUGAAAUAUAUGGCGGACAAAGGAGAAUGGCUACUCUUGCUGCAGCUUAUCCAAAAUUGGUUAGAAAGGAGACUCUAUUGGAGCCAUCAGACCUUGGGUUCUUUCAAAAUCAUUCAUCCCAGAUGGCCGCGUUAGAUUACCUUGUUUCAUUGGAGAGUGAUAUUUUUAUUCCUACAUAUGACGGAAACAUGGCUAAGGUAGUUGAAGGCCACCGCAGAUUUCUGGGGUUCAAGCAGACAAUUUUGUUGGAGAGAAGGCUUUUGGUUGAUCUGAUUGACCAGUACAAUAGUGGAACUCUGAGUUGGUAUGAGUUCUCAGAUGCUGUGAACGAAUCUCAUGAAAGUCGCAAGGGGCAACCAACUCAGAGGUUGGUGAUUCCUGACAGGCCUAAGGAAGAGGAUUACUUCUAUGCGAAUCCAGAAGAAUGCUUGCAGCCAUCAUAUAGUCGAUUAGAUCUUUCUGUUGGGGGAUUGUGACAUUUACCAGUACUGGUAUACGGCUAGGAUAAUACCUGAAAGUAAAAUGUAGUUUUCUUCCAAGGAGGCUACUGCGGAGAUGAUUGGGGGACAGAGAACUCAAAGAAAGCCCAAGGGUCCUGUGAAGCAGCUGGAGGGCAAAAAAUAUAUAAUAUAUGCAAAUAAUCAGAAGCAUAUCUAGAAGAGCUGCCCUGCCUUUAUAGGCUACUACCAGAUCAAAAUGUGUUGUACACAAGAGGGAUGCAAGUUUAAAUUCGGAUUAACGAUACUGGACAUGGAAGGUUAAUCCCUCUCCCUUCUUGCACUAUUUCUUUUUUGUUUCCUUUUUAGAUUGCUUAAUGAUCUCAGUUUCUAGCAUAUAUCACUUUCUAGAAAUAAAUUCAUCUUGUCACAGCCUACUCAGACCAUCGGCAUUUUGUUCUAGUAUGACCCUUUAAAUGCAGGGAAUGGUUGAAAGCAUUGAAUAUCGACUUUACUACACUUGUAAAUUAAAUGACCAGUACUUGACUUCACAUUUAGUGUUGGUGACUGGGGUCUUGCCUUCCUGUUGGGGGAAAUAUGGUCCAUCCUUAUCAAUGUCAAUAACGCCUAUUUAUUAAAUCUUGCUUGUUCAAUUACUAAGGUUGUUGGAUCUAGACUUUUUGCUUUUAAGAUUCAAAAUUGAUAAUCACAUUUGAUAAACGAUUCAAUAUACCCUAGCCUAUCAUGGUACUUCCUAA